AUGCCAGUAUCCAAAGAUCAGCUUGAAACCACAGCGGAGAGGGCAAUCUUCCUCUCCGGCUCGAAAGAGAGCGUGGAGAAAGCGGAUGCCAUGAUCCGAGACUUCGUGCAAGAGCGGGCUGCCAGCCGUGCCAAAGCUCACAGUGGGAAAGGGCACGGAGCACAGGGCGAGGCGCGGCCUCGAGGCAAAGGCGGCAAGAAAGGCAAUGCUCCAGCGCCUGGCGGCAAAGGCUUGUCCAGCCUGGAGCCCAUGUCGAUUCCGCUCUCCUCAGACAGGUGGCCGAACUUCCAGCUUUGA